UGCAAGGAAGUUAGUGCUUCCUUGGGGUGGGGCUGAAGAGGGCAGGCUCAUAUACCAGUGAUAUAAAUACGCAUUUAGGGCUUUGACAACACAAAAGCCAAACUCCAGACAAGAAUCUGCUUCCAGGGUAUAGACAACAGAGGAUCAUGAAAAUUCUCAUCUCUGUCCUGCUGGGAACCUUGUUGUUUGUGGAGUCAGCUCAGAGCCUGAAGUGCUAUAUGUGCAUUGGGGUGAAUGAUGCAAACAUCUGUAAGGCUAAGACCUGCAGCAGUGGUGAAUCCUUCUGUGGCAAAAUUGUGAUGACUCCAGAACUCGGGUCUGAUAUGAAAUCAUACAUCAUGGACUGUACUCCUUCUUGUGAAGAUUUUAAAAAGUUAUAUCCACAGUCACUAGGAUUCUUCAUGGAUGCAUCCUGUUGCAACACCGACCUGUGUAAUGGGGUGGGAUGGUUCAAGGGCAACCCUUGGGCCCUGGCAGGGGCACUCCUCUUCAGUCUGGGGAUUGCCCUUCUCUGGACGGGGCUAUAAGAACCCUCCUUCCUCACCAGUUGCUUCUUACUAGUCCUUCUUUCCGUCACCAAACCCAUGAACCUUAGCCCUGAUUUGGGGUUAAGAGCUUUAGCAUAUUUCCAGAGUCCUGGCAUUCCUAAGGGGUUAGACAUGAAGUCUCCCUGUCUCUUACCCAGUCACCCUUCCUUUCCUCCUUUUCUGUCUUGCAGAAUUCCUCUUUAGAUCCUAGCUAAUCAGUUCCUCCCUUGUUCGAGUGAAAAUCCCUGGGUAUGAUCUCCCUCCUCCCUGCUUUGUGCUUCAGUAUUACAGAUAUGAGGUUCCCUGGGGAGGGUUAAUUGAGGAGAAAGAGCAGGAUCCUGAGUUCCAGUAAAUAAUGGAGAUAAAGGGGAGCCCAGGCAUCUGGGAGUUGGUCAGAAGAGAACAAAAAAGAAAAGAAAAAAAGAGUAUGAGGCCACUAAACUUUAGAGAGCAAAGAGCAGAACUUCAUUUGAGCAACUUGGAGAGGGAAAGUGAGCCUGGCCUUGAGGUAGGAACCAGAGACACCAGACAGAGAAGACAGAUCCUUUGGAUACCAGAGAAAGAAGCGCUUGGAGCUGGGAAAGGAAGGGACUCAGAGGUUGGACAGAAACCCCUAGACUCAAGAUCUCUGAGACAAACACUUCUCUGAACUGGAUAUAGCUGAGCUCUGCCCCGUGAUGUCAACCUCCCUAGUAACUGUAUCAGAACACAUAAAUAAACUCAUGAAUAAAUAUGUAUCCUGAGUGUUUCCA